AUGUCUUACUUCACCUUCAAUAUGUCAGCGAGCACACAAGGGCCAUCAACGCCCAAAAAUCCACAGCGUAGCAGCGUAUCCAAUUCUGCUGUUCCACAGUUGGAUCACGACUCGUCUACUCUCCCCAUAAACUCAUCAGCAACAAUGCUCUGCGAGCCAACCGUUUCUGGGCAAACUGCACUUAAUCCAGGGGCACAAUGGUCUGGAUUUAAUAGUAGUUUGCUUCAAGUUGAUGGGGCAUUCAGUGGGAGUGCCUUGCCACCCUACGAUCAAUCUACAUUACAUGCCGCACUUACCACCAACGACGAUUUGAGAUGGAUGUUGAUUGGGAUGAACGAACGUAUGGCCAACUUGGAGCAGACCGCAACUGCUGGAAAUAGAACCAUGGAUCAGAUGGGCAACCAUGUUUCCGACAUGCUUAGUCGCCUGGCAGUCAUUGAAGGCAUGAUCAAGGUAGUUGAGGACCUGAAGCAAAGUCUUCGAGACUUUACCAGGGGAUUGGUGCCACACAUUCUUGGCGUAAAUCUCGAGGAAGAUCUUGAGAAACAGGGCUAA